AAUGGAAGGAAAGGUGUGGUGGUGAAAGGUGCGUUCACUGGCUGGUUUGAAUUGAAACCACGAAGCCGUCGAGCUGGAAAAUCUGCCCGUCCGUAACACACCCGCCUGUAGAAACCGAAGUUGGACGGCUGUUUAGACUCCGUGUGUUUUAUUUCUGAGCGCUGUUUACUCUAAAAGCUGCAAAAAUGAGUAAAUUCCCGAAUUUCUUCAAGGGCUCGAGUUCGUCGGGCUCCAAGUCCAAACACCACCGGUCCCGGGGAGGACCUUCAGCCCAGGAGGCCAUCCACAAACUCCGGGAGACCGAGGAAAUGCUGACGAAGAAGCAGGACUACUUGGAGAAGAGGAUAGAGCAAGAACUAGCGAUAGCCAAGAAGCACGGCACUAAAAACAAGAGAGCUGCUCUGCAGGCCUUGAAGAGGAAGAAGCGUCUGGAGCAGCAGCUCACCCAGAUCGAUGGGACGCUCUCCACCAUCGAGUUUCAGAGAGAAGCUCUGGAGAACUCACACACCAACACGGAGGUCCUGAAGAACAUGGGCUACGCUGCCAAGGCCAUGAAGAAGGUCCACGAGAACAUGGACGUUAACAAGAUAGACGACCUGAUGGCUGAUAUCACAGAGCAGCAGGACGUGGCCCAGGAGAUCAGCGAUGCCAUCUCCAGGCCUUUCGGCGAGACGUUUGACGAGGAUGAGCUUCUGGCAGAGCUGGAGGAGUUGGAGCAGGAGGACUUGGAGGAGAGCAUGAGCAGCAUGGGUGGACUUCCCAGCGUCCCCAGCUCCAGGCUGCCCUCAUCACGGCCCAGUCAGAGAGCAACAACCAGGAGAAAGGCUGAAGAAGAAAAUGACAUGCGUAUGCUGGAAUCAUGGGCAAUUUGAUUACGUGAGGACUUCCUCUCAAUUAGAGAAAGUAACGCAAAACUACAUGAAGAUCUCCUCUCAUUUUUAUUUUUUAUAUCAUAGUUGAAGGUUUCUAGGGAAAUGAAGAGCAUGAUACUAGUUUUUAAAAUAAGCCCUUUCCUUAUAAGCUUGCAAUUCUACUUUCUAUUUAUCAAUAAAUUAAAAACUAAGAGUGAAGGAAUCAAGAAACUACAUUUUAGGUUUUAUGUUCAUAUGUCUCUUAUUUCUUUUUUCCUCCUCCAAUCAUUCUGAAGUAAUCUGUACAGAGUGCACUGCUUUUCAUAGACCUAAAGAAAGUGUAACAAGGACACAACUGAAGGUUUUUUAGCACAGGGCAGAACUGUAUUUCAUGCAGCUGUAAAUAAUUUCAGAUUUUGCAUUAAUGUUGUAAAUAUGUUGCAUUAAAGCUGUUCAGCAAUA